GCACGAAGCGGCAUUCAAGUGUAAUAUCUUUGUUUCCAGGAGCCUGGAUGCGAAGUGCUUUGGCGAUAUAAAGGCGGCCUGCAGGGAGAAGAAGUGACUCUCUUCUUGAAGCAAACCUCCAGGAAAAAGGCUGAAACAACACGUGAGCGUCAAUAUUUGCCAUCUUCCUCUAAUCUUCUCCCGGCCUUUUCUUUCCCACUCUCAAUAGGAACUGUGCUGGUCUGACGAGCAGAAUGAGCAUCCGUGGAGCAUCAGCUGCUUGUGUGGCGCUGCUGUGUGUUGUGGUGCUGCUGGCGGACGCCACACACGGACACAUCACCUUCUUCAGCCCCAAAGAGAUGAUGCUGAUGAAGGAGCGAGAAGGAAGGAAGGACAUGGAGCCUCGGUCGGAGGAUGGCCACUUUGAAGAAGUCACAGUGGAGCAACUUCCUCCAGCUGAGCACGCCACCGACCUGGACAAAACCGUGGACAUCACGGUGCGACUUUCACCCAAGCAGCUGGACCACGUGGCUCCUGUGCUGGAGGAGCUCAUCCAUGAAAUGAUGGAGGAGCGACAGAAAGCCAAGUAGCACAGCACUGAAGGACACAAGAAGAUGCACAAUUCUUCAAAAAGCACAUUUUCUUGUCAAAUCACUCAAUAAAGGGAAGUUAUUGUAUAAGUCUUGUGUACUUUCACUCAUGGCCCAGUUGUUGACAACAUACCACCAGAGGAGUCCAAAAUCACAUCAGA